AGUAAGGUGGGAGGUAAGAGCGGACGGAGCUCAAAUUCAUUUCUGCUGGUGUUGGGGGCACAGCACGUUGCAAGAGCCUAACGUGACGCACGGGGAGCCGGGACACACACACACGCCGGACGGCUAUCGAAUGGAUUACCCCCCUGACACAGGCCUUUGAACUGCAACCCAGCAAGAACAAUCCAGUCAGCAGAUGCAGUGAGGAGCUGUUCAAACCCUUCAGAACUUCCAUGACACUUUGACCAAAAGAGGGGAAAAGUAGCUUUGAUUAAAUAGCUUUUUUUCUUUUUUUUUUACGACUCUUGCUUGAUUCAUUCAGAUUCACUGAGCAGAGGGACUUGGACUGUCAGAGCUGCUAAUGGGAAUAUUUGUUCUGGGUUAACAUUGGACAUCACCUGUCACUCUGCCGUGCCACUGGAGUGGAUCAGACUCACCAAGAGGAGACACAAAACACGACCACGAGAGUUAAGGACACGCGUGAGAAAGCUUACCAUGCACUGAGAACAAGGAAUGGAAAGCAUCAGUGUGGACACAGACUGGGAUGGGUUAGCUCUCUCCUCUCUGGUCACCACGGGAAGGAGCAGCCUCUCCUCCUCGCCCCUGCUCGUCUCCGAGCUGAACUCGGUCAACGCCUCCCACAGCGGGGGGUCCCUCUUUGGGAUAUUCCCUGACAAUGGCUCCAUCACCACACCUCACACCCUGCCCCAGCCCAGGACCAGGGACGUGGGCCUGGCCAGGGCGGAGAUCGCGGUGCUUGGGGUGGUGCUGGCUUUCGCCACCCUGGGGAACAGCUUUGUGCUGUGGGUGCUGCUGAGGAGGAGGAAGCACAAUGCACCCAUGCACGUGUUCAUGGUCAAUCUGUGUGUGGCUGACCUGGUGGUGGCCCUCUUUCAGGUUCUUCCUCAGCUGAUAUGGGACAUCACCGAGAGGUUCCAGGGACCAGACGUGCUUUGCCGGGCCAUCAAGUACUUGCAGAUUGUGGGCAUGUUUGCUUCGUCUUACAUGAUAGUUGCCAUGACAGUAGACCGGCACCGUGCCAUCUGCUGCCCGUUGCAGGCCUACAGAGGGGGAGAGAUGUCCCGCUGGAACACCCCUGUCAUGGUGGCUUGGGCUUUGGCACUUGUCCUCAGCAUACCGCAGGUGUUCAUCUUCUCUCGCGCGGAAAUGGAGACUCCGGGAGACUUCGAGUGCUGGGGUCAGUUCGUUGAGCCGUGGGGGCUGAAGGCCUACGUCACCUGGAUGGCUGUGGCUGUCUUCCUCCUGCCCGCCCUCAUCAUAACCAUCUGUCAGAUAAGGAUCUUCAGAGAGAUUCACAACAACAUCUACCUGAAGUCAGAGAGGAUGGUGAUGGCUGAGAAUAAGAAGAGGAAAAUCCUCUUCCGCUUCCACAGCUUCAAGAAGGAGGACGAGCGGGCGAAAGAGAGAGGAAGACGGGCAUCCGGAGGGGGGGGCAGGGACGGGCGAGGCCAGCAGCCCUUGAAGGGUGUGAAUAACAGCCCUCACAAUAACAUGCUCGACAGCCAAGCGGGAGAGUGUUACGAUUAUGCACCACCUGCCAUCCAGUACAACAGUUGUCGUGGUGAACAGGCGACAACAGCAACAACACAACAGCAGCAGCAGCAGCAGCAGCAAACAGUGAACAGCUCAGAUUGCCAGGACUCAUACACCUCUUACGUGCUGGUGUCAGGCUCACCCCGCUGCUCCCUUGACUACGUCCCCCCUCCCCGACCAUCCACUCCACCUCCGAGCAUCACCAGAGCCAUGUCCAAGACCGUGAGGAUGACUCUGGUCAUUGUGCUGGUCUACACUAUCUGUUGGUCCCCAUUCUUCAUCGUCCAGCUGUGGGCAGCCUGGGACCCCAACCCUCCUGACCAAGGAGUGGCCUUCACCAUCCUGAUGCUGCUGGCCAAUCUGAACUCGUGCACCAACCCAUGGAUCUACACAGCCUUCUCCAGCAGCGUGUCCCGGGAGCUGCAGAACCUGCUGAACUGCUGGUCGCGACCCGGCCGCCGGGGCUCCCUGCCGGACGACUCCACCACAACACACACCUCCAUCAAGGACAGCCAGUACUGACAGGGGCUGAUGAGACAGCAACAUGACAUGUUUGAAAAGACACGCAUGGCCGCAUGUGUGCUCGGAGCAAGGACACCACCAACACCACCUCCAGCAUCUCAGCCCUGACAGCAGAGAGCGCUGACCUCCACCAGAUGUUUCCAGCAACAAAGUACAGCUGUACCGUCAACAGGAUCUCUGCCUUUAAUCACCUGUCCACCCCCCCCCCCC